AUGGGUACUGAUCUUAAACAACAUCUGGUCGCUCAUGUCGACGACUUGUCUUCGGAAUCGUCUUCUCCUGAAAGACAAAAAGACCUUCUUGCUGAAGCUAAAGGGAUAGUGGAUGUCUAUCAACAGGCCGAUCUCGCAACUGAAGCUGAACAUGAAAUGACUUUGAAAGAAGCAUUUAGAGAUCAUAAACCUGCUAUUUUUUGGGCUAUUGUUAUGGCUGCUACUAUUGUUAUGGAAGGUUAUGAUAAUAUCUUGACUGGUUCAUUUUAUGCUUAUCCUCAAUUUCAAAAGACUUUUGGUCAACCUUUUAGUGAUGAAAAUGGUAAGAUUACUUAUCAACUUAGUACCAAAUGGCAGAGUUCUUUGGGUGCUGCAUCAUCUGUUGGUAGUAUUCUUGGUAUUUUCUUCAACGGUUAUUUGACUGAAAGAUUUGGUCAUAGAUUGGUUAUUAAUGUUAGUUUAAUAUUUAUGGGUGCGUUCAUCUUUAUUGUUUUCUUUGCUAGAAGUAUUGAAGUCCUUCUUGUUGGUCAAAUCUUAUGUGGUAUCCCUUGGGGUAUUUUUGCUACCAUAGGUAUUUCUUAUGCUUCUGAAAUUGCUCCAUUGCAGUUGAGAGGUUACCUUACUGCAAUUAUCAAUUUAUAUUGGGCUACUGGUCAAUUUAUCGCUGCUGGUGUCCUUCAAGGUAUGGUUGGUGUUGACAAUAAAUGGUCCUACAAGGUUCCUUAUGCCUUACAAUGGAUGUGGGUCGUUCCUUUGUUCGUUUUGACUUAUUUGGCACCUGAUUCCCCAUGGUACUUGAUCAGAAAGGGAAAACUUGAACAAGCCGAACAUUCUAUUAGACGUUUAGGUUCCAAGCGUAUUGCUCAUAAGGCUAAGGAUUCGUUGGCAUUAAUGAUUAGAACUACUCAACUUGAAAUCGAACAAGACAGAAAGAAUAGAGCAGAGUUAGGUGGGUGGAAAGGUUACAUAGAAUGUUUCCGUGGUACUAAUUUAAGAAGAACCGAAAUUAUGUGUCUCUCAUUUGCUGGGCAAGUGUUAUCGGGUUCUUCGUUUGCCUAUUCCCCAAGUUAUUUCUUUUCUCAAGCUGGUUUAGCCUCGGACCAAGUAUAUAAAUUAAAUCUUGGUACUACUGGUAUUGCCUUCUCUGGUACUGUCUGUUCUUGGUUUUUAUUAAAUCGUUUUGGUAGAAGAACUAUUUAUGUAACUGGUUUUUUCUUCUUGGUGUUGUUCUUAUUCCUUAUUGGUGUCUUGGCCAAACCAGCUGAAACUAAUGGUGCUGUCAAAUGGGCUCAAGCUGGACUCACUAUGCUUUGGGUUAGUACUUAUGCUUUGACUAUUGGUCCAUUGGCAUUUACUAUCACGGCUGAGACUUCUGCAACCAGAGUCAGAGCUCAAUCAGUUUGUAUUGCCAGAAAUGCUUAUAAUUUGGUCUCCUUGAUUUCUCAAGUUGUGGAACCAUAUUUUAUGAAUCCUGGAGCUGCCAAUUUGAAGGGUUUAACUGCAUUUGUUUGGUUUGCUACUGCUUUGCCUACAUUGAUCUGGUCUUAUUUCAGAUUGCCUGAAACUAAGGAUAGAACUUAUGAAGAACUUGAUAUUCUUUUUGAAAAGAGAAUCCCAGCAAGAAAGUUUGCUUCAUAUGUUAUUCAAAAGGAGGAUCGUCGUGCUACCGCUGCUGAAGUCGCAGAAUCCAGAGAUGAGAAGGAAACUACUGUUGAUUAA